AUGCCACCUACAAGACAGGAGCUCUCCCUCCUCAUCCACCCACUCGUCCCCGAGGCCGUUCAACACAACAUUCGAGUCCUAUCCCAACUCCGCUCCCUCACAGCCUUCAUCCUAGGCAUCUCAGCCGGUAUCCUCGGACUCCAAUCCACCGCCGGCUUCGCAUUCUAUUUCAUCGGCACAUUACUCGUUUCAGGUCUUGUUCAGAUCUUCCUCCUUGGUCCACCCUCAUCUAUCUCUACUGGUGGCGCAGGCGCGUAUUAUCCGGGUGCAAGCGGCGGUGAAAUUGACGGGAUAGAUGAUUUUGGGAAGAUUCAUGUUAGUGGUGGGAAACAGGGGCAGGGGAAACCUGUGUUGAGGAAAGGUGCUUGGAGGGACGUUUGGUUUGGUGGUGGUGUUAUUGGGGAGACUUUGAGUGGGUUUGUUCUUGGGUGGGCCGGUGUGGGUGGUGUCUUGAGGUGAUUUAUACAUUUCCCUCGGGGUUUAAGUUUGGAUAAAGGAGAGUAUCGGAAUUGAGGAGGAUGUUUGUUUAUGUAUAUAUGUUUUUAGAUGGAGAAUGCGUUGGUGAAGAUUCGGCGUGAAUGGAUUUUAUGGAUCUCAUCAGGCUGACCUUGGAAGUCUUGAUGCUACUGCAACGCAGUAGAGUUCAUGACUCAUUAUCUUCCUCAUUUUGAAUCAGAGCCGAGU